AAGGCUAGUUGGCGCCAACGCGCGGUUGGCGGCGCCAUGAUCGAGUGACCGUUGGAAAUUUAAAAAUGGUGGUUGUUUGCUUCCAUAAUACGACGUGUUUGUUAUUCUUAAUCUUGAUUAUUUUAAGAUAAAUGCUCUUUUUCACCCAAAAUAAAUUGUUCAGAAUGAUGCAGCACCUUAUCGUGUCCAGCAAUCGUGAAAACUGACAAUAUACCUGCUAUUGUUAAAAGAAGCACAAAAAGUGGCAUAACAAACACGCAUUCAACCGAUACUUUCCUGCAAAAAUGGACUUCGACAAUGAGUUUUACAAACAAUGGAAGACGAAAGCAACAACCAACCAGCGAUUUUUCAGAGACACACCAGAUUUCUCCACAGAAAAAAUGGACUCAGAAAAGAUCUUUUCAUCUACAGCUCUCGAUGGCCAUCAGGUUGAAUCCCAAGCUUUUAGUUUACGAUUAUCGACCGAAUCAUACGUCGACGAGACUCCGGAGAGUUCAGAACCAAAAACAAAAGAAAAACAAAUAAAAGAGGUUAUUCUGAUAAGUGACACUAGCUCUGAUGAAAGUAUUUUUUCUGUAGACGAAAUUGGAAAUAAAAGCAAAUUAGCUUCCACUAACAGAUUUAGGUCCCAAAAAAAGACAAUCAAGGUUUUGGAGACUUCUGACGAUGAGACUCCUGACAAUCUCGAUGUACAAGAUUUUGAUUUUAGAACAUCUGACAAAGUCAAUGAAUUAUUAAAGACAUUGGCUAGACAAGAAUCAAAAGAAAGUAAAGAGAGCAAGGAGAGUAAUGUAGUCAUUGAAGAGAGUGAUACAGAAAUUGAAGAGCGUACAUUGCCACAAAUUAUCAAAAGUACAGUAGUGGAAAGUGUAACACUUUCUGAACGAAAGAAAAAAGAAAUAUUGCAGUGGCUUUCAACAAAUUUUGACAGCUCCAGAUGUGGAAGUUCCUGCAGUCAAGAAAGUGCGAUUGCUGAUAGUAGAAAAAGUGGAUUGAGUUCAGGAAAUAGCAGCUUGGAACGCUUGGAGUUGAAUUUUGAAACCCCAAAUAAUCGUGGAAAAGUAUCAAAACCAGGAACAGUUGACAGAGCUAACAGAAGAAAACAGAGUGAUCUUGAGAAGCAAAACACUAUUGAUCAAUACUUCGAUAAAUCUAAAAAAGGACAAUUGGAUAUUGUAAGGGACAGGACUCCUGGAAGUAAGAAAUCUGAUAGUACUCCUGUAAAUAAUGUUAAAGUAGUUUCAAGAAGAGUAAUUCUACCUGAACCAGAAGCUUAUGACACAAGGACACCAAGGAGUCAAAAAUCGGAUAAAACACCAGUAAAUAAUGUAAAUACAAAAUCUAGAAGAGUUUUGAUACCUGAAUCCGAAUCUAUCGGCUCCAAAACACCGAGUAGUCAAAAAUCUAACAAAACUCCAACAAACAAUGUGAAUACUAAAUCUAGAAGAGUGUUAAUACCUGAAUCUGAAUCUAAAGACUCCAAAACACCAAGUAGUCAAACAUCUAAUAAAAUACUAUCAGACAAUGUGAAUACUAAACCCAGAAGAGCAAUUAUACCCCAAUCAGAUGCUAUUGACUCCAAAACACCAAGUAGCCAUAAGUCUAACAGAACUCCUGUAACCAAUGAAAAGACAAGUUUUAAAAAAGCAGUUAUUCCUGAAACUCAGUCCUUUGAAUCUAGUAGCACUGAACCACAAGAUGCGUUCAAAAAACUAACAAUUGGCAAUUCAAAGCCACAGAAAACAGUUAUAAUUCCUGAAUCUUUUGAGAUAAGUGAUGAUAUUGAGACCUUAGAUGAAUCAUCUGACAUUGAUUUAAAAAACAAAGAAAAUGAGCAAGAAAGUAGUCAAGCAAAUAAUAUAACAAAUGAUACCACAAUCAAUGAUUGUGCUGAUAUUUUAGAAAAUUUAUAUGGAGCAACUUGGAGAAAUAAGGCAAGUGCACUUAUAUGCGCAACAGAACCAAGAAAGCAAACUACAAAAAAAUUAAUUAAAGAUGUGCAGACCGAGAAGAAAACAACUUUCAGAAACCCAAGGCUUGAAUUUGAUUCUGAUAGUGAAUUGUCAGAUAAAGAAAACUAUCGUAAUGUGCAGAAAAAACAAAGUCAAACAACGUCAAAGAAAUCCAAAGUAAGAAACAGAGUCAGAGAUGAUUUUUUAAAUGAUGAUUCAACCACUGAAAGUAGUCCAGAUUUAUCUUAUUAUACAGCUACAUCUAAUCCUGCACAAAAUAAUUUCAAUACUGCAACUACUGCCGCAGUUAAACGCAAUAACAACAAUAAUAAUUUGAAAAAAGUUUUGUCAAUUUGUGAUUCUGAAUCUGAACUGGAAAAUGACAAGUGGGUGGAUAGAAAUAAUCAAAGAAAACUUAGUUUUGAUUCUUCUAGUUCUAGCACUAGUGAAUUUGAUCCAGAGGACAUAGUGCCUCCCAGACCUACAACAAAAAACUUGAAAGUAAAGAAAGCUGUUAACUGUGAACCAGUUAAAUCAAAAGCUUGUCCACAAGCACAGAAGCAGCCUACUAAAAAAAGUUUCUUAGCAUCUUUAUCUAAGGAUGUGCCUUUGGAUCAAGCAGACUUCAAAGCAAUGACCUACAGAGUGAAAUACAAUACUCUGAGAGAAGAAUUGUGCAAUGUUUUAUACAAGUUAUUUAAUGAAAAAGUUUUUGAUAGUCAAUUACCAGACAAUAUACCAAUAGAAUGGAGCACUAGAUUACGAGGUACUGCUGGCAAAUGUUACAACAAGCAAUCGCUCAAAGCUUUGGGAAAAACUGUAAGAUCUUCAAGACUUGUUUUAGCAACCAAAAUUUUGGACUCACCAGACAGACUGAGAGACACACUGAUUCAUGAAAUGUGUCAUGCUGCCACAUGGUUAAUAAACAAUGUCUCUGAUGGACAUGGAAGCUUUUGGAAGGCAUGGGCUAACAAAGCAGUGAAAGUUUUUCCCGAGUUGCCACCUGUUUCCCGAUGUCAUAAUUAUGAAAUUCAGACAAAAUACACCUAUAAAUGUUUAAGUUGCGGCUACAGUAUUGGAAGGCAUUCCAAAUCCUUGGAUCUAAGCAGAAAACGAUGUGGUUACUGUCAUGGACAAUUUGAACUUUUGAUCAACAAAGUUACAAAGGACGGAAUGGUGCAGAAGAAAAGUACAGCUCAGACAAAAGAGCCUUCUGGAUUUGCACUCUAUGUCAAGGAAAACUAUCACUUGGUUAAGCAAAAUGGAGCUGGCAUCAAACAUGGUGAAGUGAUGAAAAUCUUGGGACAACAGUUUUCUGCAGUAAAGCUUACUCCAAAACCAGAGGACCGCCUGAGAAAUAACGAGGACGAGUCACCUUAAAAAAGGUGCAACACUAUAAAUUAAUAAACAAAUGAAAAGACUGAUCUUGAAGAAUCUCUGUCAAGAUAAACUAUACUGUUAAAUAGUCUGGUACUGUAAAAUUGUAAAUAGAACGUAAGAUUACGAUUUAUAU